UUUCUGAGUUUGUGUAGUAACUAAAGUAGCUGAGGUGUAAAUAAACACAGCAGCGCGUUACUUAUCGGUUCUGUUUGUUAUAAACGUGUGUAAAUAAUUGAUGAGAAGUUGUACGGAGGAGAGUGAAACAUGGCGAGUGACGGCAAUAAGAAACAGUUCUGGAAAAGAAACACAGCUAAGGUUCCUGGCAGUAUACAACAUGUUUAUGGAGCCCAGCAUCCUCCAAUUGACCCACUGUUACAUGCUAAUUUAAUCAGAGCUGGAAACAAACCUCCUGCAACAAGUACACCGGGCAAGCCAAAGAAAGCCACCACCUUCCAGGAGUUCGAAAGCAUCACCAGCGACGCCUGGGACGUCGGUGACGAUGACGACGAACUUCUCGCCAUGGCCGCUCAGAACCUCAACAUCGAGGUGGUGAUGGAAACAGCCAACAAGGUGAUCGAGAACCACAGCAAACUGCAGGAGCUACGACAGCUACAGCUCGAUGAGCCGUCUGAAGCAGAAGAGAAAGAGGACGACGAGCGUCUGGAGGAAAACGCCGACGAAAGGCUGGAGGAAGUGGAGACGACCACAGAACUGUCUUUCAACUUAGAGCGGCUUUCUCACACCGACAGCAGGCUGGUGAAGUCUCACAGUGAAGCACCUAUCGGCUCCCCGAAAGAGAUGAGCUGCGAGCGAGGACCACUACACAGACAGCAGUCGCUCCCUCACCGACCGGUCAUCCCUCUGGUGGCUCGCAUGGCUGAUCAGAACACGUCAGGAACCCUGGCCAUGACGGAGAGAGAGGCUUCCAGACUUGACAAGUUCAGACAGCUUCUAGCCGGACCCAACACGGACCUCGACGAACUGAGGAAGUUGAGUUGGUCCGGAAUUCCACGGCAAGUGCGUCCCAUCACAUGGAAGCUCCUUUCAGGCUACCUGCCUGCCAACGCAGAACGCCGAGCCAGCACGCUGCAGAGGAAAAGACAGGAGUACUUCGGUUUCAUCCAGCAGUACUACGACUCUCGCAACGACGAGCAUCACCAGGAUACUUACAGACAGAUUCACAUAGAUAUCCCCCGAAUGAAUCUGGAAUCUUUAGGGCUCCAGCCCAAAAUCACAGAGAUUCACAUUGACAUACCGAGAACUAAUCCUCUUAUUCCUCUCUUUCAACAAGCUUCUGUGCAAGAGAUCUUCGAGCGGAUUCUUUUCAUCUGGGCGAUCCGACAUCCGGCCAGCGGCUACGUACAGGGCAUCAACGACCUCGUCACACCCUUUUUCGUCGUGUACAUCUUUGAGUACAUCGAGGAAGAGGUGGAAAAUUUCGAUGUUUCCAGUUUGGAGGAGGAGGUUCUGCGGAACAUUGAGGCCGACAGCUUCUGGUGCAUGAGCAAGCUGCUGGAUGGCAUUCAGGACAACUACACGUUUGCCCAGCCUGGAAUCCAGAGGAAAGUGAAGGCUCUGGAGGAGCUGGUGAGCCGGAUUGAUGUUACAGUACAUCAGCACAUGCAGCAGUACGAGGUGGAGUAUCUGCAGUUUGCUUUUCGCUGGAUGAAUAACCUGCUGAUGAGAGAGCUUCCACUGCGCUGCACCAUCCGGCUCUGGGACACGUACCAGGCCGAGCCUGAGGGUUUCUCCCACUUCCACCUGUACGUGUGUGCUGCUUUCCUGGUGCACUGGAGGAAGGAGAUCCUGGAGGAGAAGGACUUCCAGGGCCUGAUGAUCCUGCUGCAAAAUCUUCCCACGAUGCACUGGGGUAACGAGGAGGUAAGCGUGCUGCUGGCCGAGGCUUACAGGCUGAAGUUCGCCUUUGCAGACGCCCCCAAUCACUAUAAGAGAUGAGGCCUCUCGAACUGACCGCCGACUGGAGAGCCACAGUCCACCCUCUGAUUCCUAACGGGCCACUCUGACACCCCCUCACGGCCCGCGUGGAGACUCUCAGAGACUCUUCUCAUCAGUUUAAAGUGGAACGUCUUCAUGGGACUGGGUGUACAGCUCUCCAUUUCUGUCUUUACACUUCUCUUUCUGUUCUGACUAACCCCAACACUCCGGACGGCGAGCGUGUGCCGUCCACUCCGAGAACGCUUUUGUCCAG